AUAUUAUUUUUCCUGCUUUCCAGAAACAACAACUUACUCACACUGCUGGCUGUUGGAGGGGGAACCUUUAAUAACCAGAAAUUUACUACCAUGGUAUCGUCUUCAGCAAAUCGCCAGACAUUCAUCUUAUCAGUGAUAAUGUUUCUCCGUGAGUUUGGUUUUGAUGGUCUGGAUCUGGACUGGGAAUAUCCUGGUUCCAAAGAUAGCCCCCCAGAGGACAAACACCUCUUUACCAUUCUGACUCAGGAACUAUUAGCAGCCUUUGGGGAAGAGAGUGAAAAAAAUGGAUUCCCACGGCUCCUACUUUCAGCAGCUGUAUCUGCAAGCAGAAGAACCAUAGAUGCUGGAUACGAAGUUGCUGCACUGGGGAAGAAUCUUGAUUUUAUCAACGUGAUGACUUAUGAUUUCCAUGGAAGUUGGGCUCCAGAAACAGGACACAACAGCCCCCUGCAUAAGGGUUUAAAAGACUAUGACCCAGUUCCCUUCUACAAUUGUGAAUACGCAAUGAAAUACUGGAAUUACAGUGGAGCACCAGCUGAAAAACUCAUGAUGGGAUUUCCAACCUAUGGGCGUACUUUUAGCCUUUCUACUUCAAAUACUAAUGUUGGUGCUCCAGCCUCUGGUGGAGGUACUCCUGGAGUCUACACCAAAAAUUCUGGUACCUUGGCAUAUUAUGAGGUAUGUACUUUUUUACAAGAAGCUAGCAAAGCAUGGAUUGACAAACAGAAGGUUCCAUAUGCUUUCAAAAAUGGAGACUGGGUUGCAUAUGAUGAUGAAAAAAGUUUUCAGUUUAAAACUGAGUUUUUGAAGAGGAAAAAGUAUGGAGGAGCCAUGGUUUGGACUCUUGGCAUGGACGACUUCUCUGGCACCUUCUGUGAUCAAGGAAUAAACCCCCUUGUGAAUAAACUAAAGGAUUUUCUAAAGAACUGAGGUAAUUUAUUAAUACUUUUAUGUCAAUCUUUCCA